AGGAGAGGCGGGUGCAUGUCAAUUGUUGCUCGUUUUUGCUGUCAAAAGUCGAUCGCGGGUGCCGUGAACAGUGCAACCCAAUUGGUACCAGCAGCACCUUUUUUUUUUUUAUUUGGAAGAAUCUCGGUCAUGCGCACAGAAGAGACAUAAUCGCUGCUUUUUUCCCCCCCUACUUCUUUCAACUUGACUUCCUUCGUGCACUUUGACAUCGGAGAGGACGCCACCGAGCCAAGUGCGGGGUUCGGAACUCAUUUGGAUUGGGUCCACUUGCAAGUGCACCGUGACCGACGUGGGCGGGUUUUGACGCACACUCGCGGACCCCCUCCUCCCCACGAUAAAGCCCUGGGAGGACUUGUUGCGCUUCACGAGGGGGAGCGCACCAGUCUGGUUUUGUUCCAAAAGAACCAAACAUAGACACGGCUGGUUGCGAUCACGGACCCAAACAGUGAAGCCAGUUCCUGAAUGCGGUCGUGAUUCAAGACCGUGCGCGCAUGCACGCUCGAUCAUUUUUCUUUAUUUUAACAUUUAAAUGGCAUUCAAACACAGCCGAGCUAAACUUUCCCUAGGUUGAAUCAUUUCCUUUUUCAAAUCACCAACUCGAGCCGCCUCGACAUGUCCGAGCGCGAUGCACUGUGCAGCGAUGGAGCUCCUGACUUUAUCCCGGCUCGAGUGUCCCGCGGUCGGCGGAGCGGUGUCGUUUUGCCCGGCGGGGGCGGUCAGGAGCCGGAGACCAUGCUGCUGGAGUCCGUGAGGGCAGCACCGCGUCGUAGCAGCAUCAUAAAGGAUCCUUCGGUACAGAAGGUGGGCGGAGGCAGAAAGAAGACUGUGUCAUUCAGCAGCAUGCCCUCAGAGAAGAAGGUCAACAGCGCGGCCGACUGCCUGGCCUUCAUGCAGGGCGGAUGUGAGCUGAAGAAGGUGCGCCCCAACUCGCGGAUCUACUGUCGCUUCUACACGCUGGAGCCCGACCUGAGUUGCUUACGCUGGGAGCCGUCCAAGAAGGACGGGGACCGGGCCCGCCUGGAUGUCUCCAGCAUCCGGGAGGUUCGGACCGGGAAGAGCACUGAGACCUUCCUGCAUAAUGGGCUUCUCUCUGAACAACUGGCUGAGGAGGCCGCGUUCUCUGUCAUACAUGGCGAGGACUACCAGUCUCUAGAUUUGGUGGCCCUCUCAGCGGAUGUGGCCAAUAUCUGGGUGACGGGCCUCCGUUACCUUUUGGCUCACCCCACAGUCGUCGGUGGGGGACUCGGAGGAGGGAGCGGUCUGGGAGAAGGAGGAACAAUGGAAGGCAGUCUGGGCAGCAAAAUGAGGAGCGAUUGGCUGGCGACCGAGUUUGCUCAAGUGGACGAAGAUGGUUACGGCAUCGUGUCUGAGGACGUGGCGGUCACCACGAUUGUUAAACUUUGUCCUGGCAUCAAGGAAACCAAGGUCCGUCUGCGCUUCAAGGAGAUCCAGCGCAGCAAAGAAAAGCUGACCUCCCACGUGACACGCGAGGAGUUCCAGGAGGCCUACUGCGAGCUGUGCACCCGACCGGAUGUCUACUUCCUGAUGGUGCAGCUGGCCAAGGACCGCGAGUGUCUGGACCCUCAGGACCUGCGCCUCUUCCUGGAGACGGAGCAAGGUCUGUCCUUGGCCACCACCGAGGGCUGCUUGGAGCUGCUGAGGCGCUAUGAGCCCUCAGCACAGGGCAAGGAGAGGGGGCUGCUGGGGCUGGACGGCUUCGCCCGCUAUCUGCAAUCUCCCGAGUGCCAGCUGCUGGAUCCUGAGCAUGAGGGGGUGUGCCAGGACAUGAACCUGCCCCUGUCACAUUACUACAUUAGCACCUCAUAUCGGUCCUACCUUCUGGAUGAUCAGGUCCAUGGCAGAGCAGACCUCGGCGGCCUGAUCAAAGCCCUUCAGUCUGGCUGCCGUUGCCUGGAGCUCGGAGUAACUGACGGCCCGGAGGGAGAACCUCUACUUGGGGUUGACUACGGUCCAGACAUCCCUUGCCACCACCAUCAGCAGCACCACGCACCCGUCACCAUCCGAUCCGCUUUGGAAGUGGUCAACAAGUACGCCUUCUUGACCUCGCGGUACCCGCUCCUGGUGUACCUGUGCCAACGCUGCUCGCGUGCCCAGCAGCGUACCAUGGCUCAGCACCUGAAGAAAGUACUCGGCUCUCGGCUUUACACUCCGGAGUCCCUACCAGUCAGCCUGGGGGGUAGAGCCACCACCUUACCCUCCCCUGAGCAGCUAAAGGGACGUAUCUUGAUAGUGGGCAAGAAGCUCCCUCCGGAUCAUGAAGGAUCUGAUGGGGAAGUGUCUGAGGAGGAAGAAGAGAUUGGAGGAGGGGGUCCUCUGGCUGGGCGGCGGAUGACCAUCCCGGGUGAGGAGGAUCUGGGCGUGGUCUUGGUGGUACCUCCACCCUCUCAGCCUAGGAAGCUCCGCCUAAACAAAGAACUCUCGGACUUGGUGGCCAUCGCUCGGACAGACAGCCGCCACUUUUACGCCCAACGGGCCGUUCGCAAGCAGCGCUCGCCGCCCAGCAGUCCCGGCGGCUCUCCCGGCACUCCCUCAGUGAAUGAGACACCCUACUGGACGCUGUGCUCCCUGGGCGAGGGGGAGGCCGGGCGGCUGACUACAGAGACUCCGGAAGAUCUCGUCACGUUCACCAAGCGCACUCUAACGAGGGUGCGGCCCAGCUCGGUGCGCCUGGACUCCAGUAACCCCAACCCGCAGGGGUACUGGAAAGGGGGCGUUCAGCUGGUGGCCUUAAACCAACAGACCCCCGGUGCCAUGCUGGACCUUCACAGGGGCCGCUUCUCUCAAAAUGGAGGCUGCGGUUACGUCCUCCGACCUGCUGUCAUGAGGGAUGAAGUGUCGUAUUUCAGCGCCCAUACACAUGGCUGCGUGCCUGGUGUACCACCACAAACUCUUCGCAUUAAGGUUAUUAGUGCAUACAACCUACCUAAACCUCAGGGAUCAGGUGCCAAGGGAGAGGUCAUUGAACCUUAUGUGGUCCUGGAACUACACGGUGUACCUGCUGACUGUGCGGAACAGCGGACACGCACCGCUCUACAGAACCAGAAUGACCCCCUCUUUGAUGAGACCUUUGAAUUCCAAGUGAACAUGCCUGAGCUAGCCCUUCUCCGUUUCGUUGUGCUGGACGACGACUACAUUGGAGACGACUUCAUCGGCCAAUUCAGCGUGGCGUUCGAGUGCCUUCAGUCCGGCUACCGCAACGUGCCCUUGCUGGACCUGAUGGGGGAGCCCCUACCCCACGCCAGCCUAUUUCUUCACGUGGCCGUCACCAACCGGCGAGGGGGCGGUAAGGCCCACCGCAGGGGCUUGUCAGUCAGGCGGGUGGGCCGGCGCGGGCGCGAGUAUGUCACGUUGAGGAACACGGGUAUCAAGGCGGUGGAUGAGACUUUCAAACUGGCCGGCGUACUCCUCAAAGAGGUGAUGGACCUGCGGGAAGAAGCUCAGGGCACCAUCGCCAAUUUCAAAGAGCAGUGUGGGCUCCCCACGGCGGCCAAACCCAAGCAGUGCAUCCAGAGCCUGGCCACCAGGCUGCAGAGCCCCGAGGGCACCAUGGGGGCCACCAUGGUGCUCAAGGAGGGCUAUCCUUGUCUGGAGCCUCUAGUUAGUGUAUCUGAGCCCACCCGCAAGCUGCUGUCUGCGUACGACACGAUGAUUGCAGCCCAGAAACAGCUAAUUGAAAACGCCGAUGGUGUCCAGGAGAGGAUUGCGCAGGUGCAGAAAGAAGGCAUGGAAUUCCACGAAGAUCUUUCUCGGUGGGCAGAGAAAGAAGGAUUGAAAGGAUGUAAGAUCAGCAAAGCUGUCGAAAGUUUCACGUGGAACGUCACUGUGCUCAAGGGUCAGAGCGACCUACUCCGUGGAGCUAAGAUGGAUUCCCUAGAUGCCCUAAGGCAGGUAGCACUGGCCUGCGAGGCAUCCGGACUCACCUCGCCUUCGUCCAACUGCUCCUCCUCCACAUUCUCCGCGGCCGAGCUGCACUACACCACUCAUAACUUUAGCAGGCGCCGAAGCAGCACGCACAGCAACGGGCGCGUCUGAUGUUGUUGUCGAGUGGGAUGUGUCCCUCUAUCUGGUGCAGUACCAGUCCACUCUGUGGGAGUCUUACGGUGGUUGGAACGAGAAGGCCUUUCCUGAAUGAUGCAAAAUGAUUGCUUUAUUUUCUGAGAGAACACGAAGGCUCCGUGUCUAACUCAAGCGCAAUUUUCUCUUUACACAGAACAUUGGGAACUCCUGAGUAAGUAGCGCUAAGUAGGCAGCAUCCAAAGCUGACGUGUGGAAUGUGAUGAAGGUGCUCAAGCCACAUGCGACGUAGCUUUAGAAGAGUAGUACAAUUUAUUUAAGAAAAAAAAAAAACUAAAUCGUGCGCUGCUGCUAUUAUUUAUUUGUGUAAGUUCUCCCUAUACGCCCCCCAAAAGGUUAUUUAUCUUUUUUAAAGCGAAUAACAAGAAAAUAUGUUCAAAAGACGUUAAUCGAAUCUUAUUCUGAUUUAAUAUAAAGAUUCACAUUGAAUUAAUACAUUGAUUUUAAAAAGAAUUGAACUUGUCACACAAGAGGGGAAGAUGUAGAAUUUUUAAGCAUUUCGAUUACUGUAGUUAAACGAAACCAAAUGGAUUUUAAUUUGUUUAUUAAAUUCUAAGUCAUCCUGACAAGUGUUUUUUUUGGAUUGAACAACAAUUUGAGCUUUUCCUGCUGUUUUAGCAUUUGAAACCCAUCCAAACUAAAAAAAAAGGAACCCAGCUAUCAAUUUGUUAUAUUUGAUACGAAAAUUUAUGAAGCUUAGUCUAAUUGGAUUUUCUGGAUUCAUAUGCUGGAUAUUCCUAGACUUUAAUUUCAUGGUAAAUUUGAGGUGCUUUCUCCUCUCCUGCAAUAAUUCAAUAACAUGGUGUCAGAAAUGACGAUUUCACAGAUAUUACAUAAAUGAAAUCUACACAGUCACUGAAGUAAGUAGGUUAAUCCGGUAGCCUUUGGUUCCUGUCAGGUUGUAAGGCGAGGAUGGGUAAUUGGAGAGGUUGUUUGUCGGAAAGACGUAUAGUACAUGUGUGGAUCACAUGACCUCAAUUCCUGCGACAGGGUGUAAAUCAGUACAACACUGUAUGUAAUUGAUCAUGGAUGUAGCAAUAACAUUAGAGACGUCCGUUAAAUAAAGAUAGAUCAGGGUAGUGGUGUGUCUUUCUAAUCAAACUCGUUGACUCUUUGAAUGUGUGAAAAACAUCAACUGCCUGUUGAUGAUAGUUAUUAACUUUGGCCUUUUCAGUGUAAGAUUGUGUUUUGUUUGUAAUAUUACGGCGUCUUAACCCAAUCUUCUCGAAUCUUGUUAUCUGUGUAUUUUAAUCCGACAGUUGGUUCACUGGGACGCAAUCCAGAGUUGAACGCAAAAAUUCAGAACUGUUACGCAAAUGUCUAAAUCACAUGACCACCAUAUUUGUCAAAGUAAAUAAAUACUUUUCCGAUUCAUUAAUUGAAAUAAUAAUAAUAAUUGAAACAAAGUAAAAUGGCGAGCCUAUCGUGUGGAAACAAGAACGCUUUAGUCGUGGUUUCAGAUAUCUAACAUCCUAAAAAGUGUUUUUCAUCUCUGGUGAUCUUCUUACGUCGUGGACGAGCUUGACAUGAAUGUUUCAUCCGCUCCCGUAAAACAAAGCACAGUAUUAUCUUCCAGGGUCGCUUCACAAGGCCACUGACAUAUGGAGACGGUCAUACGGGCAAAAUGAACCUUUUCGGCAUUAGGUUUUAGUCAUUAGGUCUGACCUGGUUUAGAUUAAGUCUACUCGUGAACGCAGAGUGCAAAUCAAAUGAAAUUAUAAUGACGAUGGUCGUGUUUACAUCCAAAAGCAUUUUAGUUUCCUUUGCAUUGUUUGGAUCUGUCAUAAGCUAACUCCCGAGCAGUCUUAAAAGCAGGAUAAGCAUCUUAUUUCUCAACUCUGAUGUCAUCACACAUCAUUAGUGGGAACAUUUGAGAUGCGGUUUCAACCAGCGUGCAAGCUCUGAGGAAGUUUCUGUCUCUGGGUAACCACAAGGAAUACGUAUUUGCAUCCGCCCUUCAUGAUUUACAUCGAUAAAUGAGAAAACUGGGGAAAACCGAUUCAAUUUAGAAAGCAGUGUUGAUCAUUAUAGCAGAGCACUGCUUUUGUCUAAAUGAAGCGCUGAUGGUCAUAUUUGUAUUGCUUUGAAUUGAGCACCAAAAAGCCAAUAGGUGAGGAGGUUUUUCUGCAAAUGAGACCUAAAAGGAAAUCCACAAAAUUUGCAAAUGCCAAACUGCGAAUAUGCAGGAGUUCAAUAUAAUGAGCUUUACUUUUUAACUUCUGAAAUGCAACAUAUUCUUUUCUCAUUUAUUCAGACGCCCCAAUUGUUGUGUGUUUUUGUUUUGUUACAUUGGCUUAUACAAACAACACUCCUGCCUUAUAUAAAGUCAAUUAUGUCAGGCUUUGGUCUCUGCAGGUUGACACAAACCCCGAAUCUAAUCAAGUUGGGAUGUUAGGUAAAACGUAAAUAAAAACAGAAUACAAAGAUUUCAAAGCUCUCGGGCAAUCAAUGUUGCUUUUUCGCCCUUGACGCUUACAUGCAGUGAUUUCUGGAUCCUCAGAAACUUCUGGUGAUAUUAUGGCCUGUAGAUUCCGAAAUUCCUUUCAUCAGUUUGAACAUUAGAUCUUGCAUAUUCUAUUGAAUAUAAAGUAUUUGCCUUUUACAAAGCAUCCUAGAUUGAAAAAGGAGUCGUCCUGUCAAUGUUUACAUUAUUAAGGGUGUUUUUCAACCUCUGCUAGUUUUCUGUACUUGACUUUAUAAAGAAGUUUCCAGUAUUUCAAGCGAGAGUGUCACUGCCAGCUUCACCUCGAUUGCUGCCUCGAUAUCCUGCACAACUUUUCAGAGAACCCCUCAAGUUCUGAACUAAUUUGGGAUUUUCAGUUUUGAACAGGGCCGUUGCGUUCAGGUGUCCGUAUUUGCCCAUGUGUCUUAAACCUCUCUGUGCUCACUUCUGCGUGGUUGAAUUGCGCUUCACGUCUUGGCAACGUUUGUGUUUUUACGCAUACGUAAAUAGUACCGUACAUAAAUUGUACUUGUGCCCGUCAUUGUGUUGUGAACCGGUUCGGAAAAGUUUUACAGUACCAUCAAUACGGCAUCCCCAUUGACUAUGAUGGCUUUGACGUUUGACCCUAUAUUGGUUCCUCAACUGUUCUCACAUCCACUGUAUGUUGUUUGUGUAAGAUAGAAUGAAGACCAAAAGAGAUACAAAAUAUUUAUUGUUGUGUAUUUUAAAAGCUAUAAAUAAAAAAAAUAUGACUAAUAACUAAAUGGACAUUGCUUUUAUUUUAAAAAAGCUAUUUUGUUUUCUACUUGAAUGUAACACACAUACAUGUAUGUAUUCCAGGCUUAAUAAAAAUAUCUUUUUAUGAUCAAA